CCUUGCAGCGCAGCGCCGACGCUCUAUCUUCCUCGCAGCCCCGCUCAGGCUCGGUCCUCAGCGCAGAUCCAGUCUCGGCGGUCCCAGGUCGGAUCUUCCGCGCGUCGUCCAGCGGAAGAUCCCAGUCUCGGCGGCGGCCCCUCGACGGCGUCCAGCGACGGAGAGGCAGUCCCAGUCUCGGCGGCGGCGUCGGCGGCUCCCCCUCCCGCCUCUCGCCAGUCGCCUCGCGCCUUCGCCUCCGUCCUCCGCGCACCGGCCGGCGACCCUGGUUGUUGCUUGGAGUUAGACAAUGGAUCUGGAGACAGAGAAUCGUCUCGCUUCUUUGCUAAUUGAAGAGGCUCGGAGAUUGCAGUUGGAGGCUGACAGGGAAGGUGUUCAUGCAUAUCUUCGAAAACCUAAUGUUAGGCAUCGUCCAAACUCACGGUUCCUCACAGCCACGGUUCGUGGAGUUCAGCAAGCAAACCGUGUUGUGGAGGUCAAUGAAAUGUGGCGUGCCAGGGAAAAGGAACUGGAGUUAGAGUCAAAGGUGAAAAGCAGAAGUAACGAUCGUGAUGAUUUUAGAGGUGAGAAGCGCAAAAGUGAAUUGAGAAACCAUAGCUCCAGCUCAAGGGUCGAACAAGAAGGGACCACUUAUAAUAAUCCUUACUCAGACCAGGAGGAUGGUCUCAGGGAUGAUGAGAUUGAAAGAUUUCUUCAUUCAAGGGCAAAGCGAGGACGUGGGGCUGUUGGUUCUAGGAUGGACGAGCCUGGUCCAUACCUUGAUUCUUUGUCUCGUCAUCAGGACAACGGACCUAGUCCUGACAUACGUGUGGAAGAAAAAUGGGAACGCCGAGUACAAGGUCCAGAGAAGCCGUCAUUUUUGAGGUCCAAGUCUACUGAUGGUCAUUGGCAUAAGGAUACUUUGGAUGGAAGGGCAUCAAGCUCUGAACCACUGUGUAAAAAGGAAAAGAAAAAGAAGUCAGAGAAAAAAGAUAAGAGAGAGAAAAAGAAGGAAAAGGACAAGAAAAAAUACAAACAUCGCGAUCGCCGCGAUCACAUAAGUCGAAGACGAGAGUGAAUGAGUGAUGUUGCCUGCUAGCAGAACAAGAAAAAUGUGCACAAGGGUUGUGUUCUGAAUUGAGAUAGCAGAUUGUUGCUGUAACUUGAAACAUGUAUUGUAUGGAAAUCUCGAUAUCUGUAGAAAUGGACUAUGGUUCUUAUUAUACAGUGUUGUGAUGUCACAUAUUUCUUUGAAGUUUUAUCACUUCGAAGUAGCAUGGUUAACAUCUCAAGGUGUUUGAGGCU